UCUCUCAUAUGUAAGAUGGAUUUGACAUGUUUGUGUGUGCUGUUGGCGUGCAUUUCAUGUGUUGGGUCAGCAAGAGUGCAUCAUAAUGCUCGAGUGAAGCUGACAGACCAAGGUAUGACCCGGGUGUAUUUUGAACAUGAUCAUAUGGUCAAACUUAUCAUGAGCCCUGAACUCAUCUGGGCUGGAGGUUCUGAGAUCCUCCAUUCCAUGAACACAACACAAAAAUCCAAUCUCAAACAGGUGAAUGAGAUUCUUUUAAAGGAAAAAUUAAAAAACAUCACAAAACGUGAAUACAAUAUCUCUCUGCUCAAAGAGGGUGUUAAUGGAAAUCUCCUUUUCCUUUGUGGAACAAAAAAGGAUGAUACAAGGUGCUAUCAUAUGAACGCAAGUUAUUCCCUGACUGAAUCCUUUAAAUCAGAAUAUGAACUAGAAAUGAAUGAGCCAUCAUUACUCAUUGAUGAUAUGCUGUUCUUUACUAAGUCUGAUAAAGGAUUGUUCAGGAUAAACAGCAAAGAUACACGGAAAAUGUGGCCUCAGUCAACUCAAACAGAGCAGAGGUUUGUGAAGUUGAUCGUUGGGACAGGCACACACCAGGACAAAGUUUAUUUGUUCUUCACAGAGAAACAUACAAGUGACAGUAGAGACUCAGAAUCAGACUUCUGGAUUCCAAAAGUGUCCCAGAGCUGCGUGGAUGACAAAGGUGGGCCUAAAGAUAAUCUUCAGAACAGCUGGACAUCGAUGAUUUACGCCCGUAUAUUCUGUGGAGACAAGGAGACAGGAUAUGACUUUACUCAGCUAAUAGACAUCGACACAGUAGAAACAGACAAUGACAUCAUAAUUUAUGGCCUGUUCAGAAACUUUUGGAACAUGAGUGCAGUGUGUGUUUAUAAUAUGACUGAAAUCAAGAACAUCUUCAGUCUCUCUGAAUUCAUGAAAACCAGCACUAAACCUGUGAAUCCCCGGCCUGGAACGUGUGUUCAAGACCGUACUCAACUGAGCAGUGAAUUGUUGAUGUUUAUGAAAGAGCGUCCAGAGAUGAAGAAGUGGGUGAUGCCAAAGAAAAGCCCCCUGCUGUUUCAACACCGUCACUACACUCACAUACAGGUGGCCCAUGUUGGGGUCCUGUUUCUGUCUCUAGAAAGUGGAGGGGUCCAUAAAGUGUUAGAAGAGCAUGUUCAACACCACGUUUUUGUCAUUGCGGAGUUUCAGAUGUUUCCACAAGGAACGCACAUCACCAGCAUGCUGUUGGACAGUGCUCAAAACCAUCUGUAUGUGAGUUCUGGUAAUGAGCUGGUACAGAUAAACCUGCAGCAUUGUGAUGUGUAUGGAGAUGAUUGUGAAGCAUGUGUCCUAUCCAGAGACCCCUACUGCCACUGGAACGGUUCGCAUUGCAGCCCCACCACAGCUGACAACAUGGAUCUCACUAAUUGCAAUAGGGCUGAAUUUGCUGAAUCUAAAACUGAAAUUAGUGCCAAAUCAUCAGUGCAAAUCGUCCCAGCAUCUGCUAGAUACUUCCUGCUCUGCACGAUAAUAUCCCGUCAUGCCACAUACCACUGGUACCAUGGCAAUAGACGUGAGGAGUGUGUUUACACUGAUGUGGGCUGUUUGUAUCUCAUCGAGAGUAUGAAUGCAACUUAUGAAGGUUUUCCAGAUCUGUGGAUUUCUGCAGAGCUUUCUGGAGAGUUCUACAGGCGAAGAUCCCGCAUGGAUAGUGAUGAUUUGGCCAAGUAUGACAUCACAUACCUGUAUCAGCACACCUGGAUGGUCAUGGAGCAGCAUUUCUGUCAAACAAAUUUAGUCCUAUCCAUAAGCAUAAACUACUCCAAAAAUCAGAGGGAAUGAUUGUUGAUAAGAAUGUUCUUCAAGCCCAACCCCAACCAAAGCCUAACCCUAAUAUCUGAUUGGUUGAUGUGAAGAAGGUUGUGACGACCGACCAGGAUGCUGAUCUAAGAUCAUGCUAUUUGGUAGCAGUAAGCUCACCUGGCUGUUCAUUCUUUAAACAUUUUAGGGCAGAAUUAUUGUGUCUUAAUAAGUUACAUGUAAUAUAUAUAUAUACUGUAAAUCUUCAGUGGCGAAUUUUCAGGGCCAGCAAAUCCUUCUCUGCUGGCCUAACAUGACAAAUAAAUAAAUAUCUUUCAUCCUUUCAUUCUCAAUCAUCUUUUUGCCUCUGUAUUUUUAAUCACUUUCCAUUCUUAAUUAAUCUACAAAACAAAUAGAGAAAAAUUAAAAGUUUAUCCAGUCAGAAUUAAUUCAUUGAUGCAUACAAUCAAAGUGUGUGACAUCUGUUUCACAAAUCACGUGCCCAAAGCAGCAUGUGAGUCUGAGCUCCACCCCCUCAGGCCUUCAUAAUUUCUACAGAAUCCCUCAACUGUGCAAAUGAAUGAGCAUCUAAAUAAGCGAUACAUACAUUUGUUUCCACAUUACAUGAUAUUAAAGACGUUUAACAAAUGCUUUCAGAAACACGUGUAUCAAGCAUUAUAAUCUCUUUUGAUAAUCAUACACCUGAAGCACAUAUGCUAGCGCUGCAGCAUUGUUUAUCAGUUGGGUUUCUAGGAGACGUCUCUAAUGAGAGUCAACCCGUUGCUAAGCUGACGGGAGCGUUGCAGUUCCUAAUAUAUCGGGGAAUGGAAUGCAUUUAUGGUCAGAUGUCAAGUAGGAACAUCCCUCAUCCAACUUGAAUAGAAUGCAACCGUGUACCCUGACGAAAUGAAAUUUAUUGCAAGCAACAUUUCAAAUAAAACAGUCAUGCUGCAGUUAAAAUUAGGUUUGGUUGAGUAUGAAGUGUCAUUUUAAGUUCUGGCUUUCGUGCGAGGACAUGUUUUUAAAAUGUCAGUUGGUACUAGUUAGCUGCGACAUAAUUUAUUCUCAAAUGCAUAGGGUGUCUUAUUCAUUGUGAAACUGUGUUUUUAUUAAUGGCAUAAAUCACACUGAAGGCCUAGAAUUAUAAUGCACGGCCAGCCACUGUAAAUCUUACACAUUAAAACCUGACCAGAUGUACAAAGGUCUGCAAAACCUGAAGUUAUAGAGACGGUCCACAUGGUGAGAUAUAAAAACAGGCCAAUGAGUCAAUGCAAUAUGCAAACACCAACCCUGCACAUUUGCACAGUGUUUUUUAAUCCAAUUCAAACAGAAGAGUUGCAGAAAACAGUGUGAAGUUUCUUGAAGCUCAAUACUCAACAAUGUGAACUGAUUAAUAAAAAUCCAUUUCCUGAGUACAUGGAAAAAACAAUAUAGCUGAUUAUCUUCUCACCUUCAAUAUCACUCGAUUCAAAAACCUUCAAAAUGUCAUUCAAAACAGACAGACACAUGCAGGCAAGUAUGCAUUGUGUGUUGUUUAUGCAUCUUGUUCAUUCACUGGUCACCUGACCGUUUACUUCACAACAUACAGACUCAACUGAUACAUCUCCCAUAUGCAAAAGUCACAAACAUUCAGUCAGAAGUUAGUUGCAGCAUCAGUAAUCACAUACUGUAAAAAGCAUUCAGAGAGUGCCCUUUGACCUGUGAAGCCUGAGCAGCUGAUAUAUGCAGUAAGGAGCCGCUGGUCUUUGGUAUUUAGCUAUGCAAGAACUGAAGGCAGUAUUAGUUUGGUUACGGUGAGCUAGUUUGGCCACCUGAUUGUACAAAUGCAAACACAUCAAGUUGAUUGUUAUCCCAUGAGAAGUUGCGUAAAUAUGAACAGUAAAAAGAAAAAGAAGAGAAAAAACACAGAGCAAGAACAUAAGCAGGCCCUUUACUGUUCAGCUUGAGUUGAGGAAACACCUCAGCCAAGCACGGCCAGCAUUCCUGGUUCUGCGCUAUAAUUGCAAAAAAGUUCGGAUCAUUCCUGGGGAGCGGGUUAACUGUACAUCCUCUAGACAUGGCAGCAUGAGGUAUGUAGUGUAGAUUUCCAUGGAGUUUGAGGUAUACUUCAUAGCAACAGUCUUGUCCAUGUUUUGUGCAUUCUUGAGUGAUUAUCAUCAUAUAUAAUAUUAAAAAUAAUGCGAGUUCCAUUCAAAACAUCACAGUACUACCUGAGAAAGACGCAUUCCCAUUACAAAAAACAAAAAAGUGAUUGAAAACAAACAUCAUGCCAUGAAUGAAGUCAAUGUGGAUUCCCUCUCCCUUAUAUAAAAUAAACAGAAUAAGAGGUUUUAAAACUCCCUAUCACUCGAGAGUCCAGUAAUGUUAAUGUGUUAUAGAGAUCCAGUUUAGACCUCACAUGUGGUUUCACUAAAACCACUUCAAGUUUACUGGACAUGUAUGGACCUCACAUUCAUUCGACUGGUCUCUAUACAUUACAGAACAUCACAGGAGGAUCUGAAGUCUGUGUAUUAUGAGGUUUGUUUUGGCUAUAAGAGGUUUUGUUUUGGUUGAGGAAUGGUUUGAAUGGUUGGACUGAGAAUGUUUGAGCAAACAUUUGGGUAAAUCUCACAAAACCUGUCAUAUUAAAAGCAUGAAAGCGGACGUAUUUCACCACAAAAAUAAAAAUGAACACACAUGCACAAGAUAGAUAGAUGGAUAGAUUUGAAAUCAGAAGUUUACAUUAGCCAAAUACAUUUAAACUCAGUUUUUUCAAAAUUCCUGACAUUUAAUCGUAGAAAACAUUCCCUGCCUUAGGUCAGCUAAUAAUAGUGAGAAUUAUACAUUUCAGCUUUUAUUUCUUUCACCACAUUCCGAGUGGGUCAGAAGUUUACAUACACUUUGUUAGUAUUUGAUAGCAUUGCCUUUAAAUUGUUUAACUUGGGUCAAACAUUUUGGGUAGCCCUAUACCCAGAAUUAGUUGCUGGAAUUUUGGCCCAUUCCUCCAGACAGAACUGGUGUAACUGGGUCAAGUUUGUAAUCCUCCUUGCUCACACAUGCUUUUUCAGUUCUGCCCAUACAUUUUCAAUUGGACUGAGGUCAGGGCUUUGUCAUGACCACUCCAAUACCUUGACUUUGUUGUCCUUAAGCCAUUUUGGCACAACUUUGGAGGUAUGCUUGGGGUCAUUGUCCAUUUGGAAGACCCAUUUGUGACAAGCUUUAACUUCCUGGCUGAUGUCUUGAGCUGUUGCUUCAAUGUAUCCACAUAAUUUUCCUUCCUCAUGAUGCCAUCUAUUUUGUGAAGUGUACCAGCCCCUCGUGCAGCAAAGCACCUGCACAACAUGAUGCUGCCAUCCCCAUGCUUAACUUGGGAUGGUGUUCUUCAGCUUGCAAGCCUCACACUUUUUCCUCCAAACAUAACGAUGGCCAGUUAAUUUUUUUGUUUCAUCAGACCAGAGGACAUUUCUCCAAAAACCUUUUUCUCAUGUGCACUUGCAAACUGUAGUCUAGCUUGUUUAUGGCAGUUUUGAAGCAGUGGCUUCUUCCUUGCUAAGCUGCCUUUCAGGUUAUGUCGAUAUAGGACUUGUUUUUCUGUGGAUAUACAUACUUGUCAACCUGUUUCAUCCAGAAUUUUCACAAGGUCCUUUGCUGUUGUUCUGGGAUUGAUUUGUACUUUUCGUACCAAAUUACAUUCAUCUCUAGGAGACAGAAUGCGUCUCCUUCCUAAACGAUAUGAUGGCUGCGUGGUCCCAUGGUGUUUAUACUAGAGUACUAUUGUUUGAACAGGAAAUUACUUCUAAGGAUGAACCAGACUUGUGGAGGUCCACAAUUUAUUUUUCGAGGUCUUUGCUGAUUUCUUUUGAUAUUCCCAUGAUGUCAAGCAAAGAGGCACUGAGUUUGAUGUUAUGCCUUAAAAUACAUUCACAGGUACACUUCUAAUUCAGUACACCUCCUAUCAGAAGCUAAUUGUCUAAAGACUUGCCAUCAUUUUCUGGAAUUUUCCAAGCUGCUAAAAGGCACAGUUAACUUGGUGUAUUUAAACUUCUGACCCACUGGAAUUAUGACAUUGUCAAUUAAAAGUGAAACAAUCUGUCUUCAAACAAUUGUUGGAAAAAUGUGAACAUUAUCUGAAGCUACUGAGCCGUAUCUGCAUGAUUUUAUGCACUGCAGCCAGACAGUUCGCUAAUUAGACAAUCGCAUAAAUAAGUAGGUGUACAGGUGUUCUUAAUACAAUAAAAUAAAAGUGGUCACGGAGUGUGUGUGUGUGUAUAUAUAUGCGCACACACAAACAUGUCUAUAUGUGAAAAUGCUUAAUUUUCAAUAGGCAGAACUUAGUACACACACAGAGAGAGAGUAUACUGUAAAUGUGUAUGUAUAUAUACACAUUUACAGUAUAUAAACGCGUGUAUGUGUGUGUGUGAGUGUGUGUACUAAAUACUGCCUACUGAAAAUUAAGUAUUAACU